AUGUCGCCAUCACGUUUAGCCAGCAUUUUGGGUCUUACCAACAGCGAUGACAACGAUGACAAGAAUUGGCUAGAACAGGCCGUUGCCACAAAUAGGCGGAGAGGAUUUCCCCAGAGACAGAAGACAACCAGCACAACCAGCACAACCAGCACGUUAAGCAUGUCGACAGCAGCUCCCGGUCCAGGACCAGCUCCGGCUCCAAGUCCUGUGCAUUACUACUACGACUUGAUGUCACAGCCCUCGAGGGCUUUGUUUAUCAUCUUCCGCUUAAGUGGCAUGCCAUUCCAGGAUUGUGUGGUCGCUUUAAGAAACGGUGAACACUUGACCGAUGAGUACAAAACGAACAUAAAUCGCUUCCAGCGUGUUCCCUGCAUCAAUGACAAUGGCUACAAGCUGGCCGAGAGUGUGGCCAUUCUAAGAUAUUUGAGUGCCAAGGGCAAGAUACCCGAGCAUCUGUAUCCCAAAUACUUUGUGGAUCAGGCUCGGGUCGAUGAGUUCCUCGAAUGGCAGCACAUGACCCUGAGAAUAACCUGUGCCCUCUACUUUCGCACUGUUUGGCUGGAGCCCUUACUGACGGGUCGCACGCCGAAAGAGGAUAAGAUUGAGAAGCUGCGCAUGCAAAUGGAACUCAAUCUGGAUGUCAUUGAGGAUGUGUGGCUACAGAAUAGUGACUUCGUGUCAGGAUCCACCCUAACAGCGGCUGAUAUAUUCGCUGCUUGUGAAAUUGAACAGACACGCAUGGCCGACUAUGAUGUCCGCAUCAAGUAUCCCAAGAUACGGGCCUGGCUGAAACGUGUCCGCCAAACGUGCAAUCCGCAUUAUGAUGUUGCCCACGAGUUUGUCUACAAGAUCUCGGGAACGGGACCACAAGCCAAACUCUAAUUGUUUAGUUAUUAACAAACUUUCCUUUAUAUAUAUAUAUAUAUACAUAUAUAAUUUACUCUCUAGAUAUUUAUAUGCAUAUAGAUUAACGCCAAUAACUUUGAUUGGGUUGAAUGUUGAUUGUUUUCUUUUUUUUUUGUACAUUUCUAUUUAUGUUUUUAUUUUUCAUUUUUUGUUUUUGUUUUUAUUGUAUCGUCUCAUAACAUAAUCAUGUUGCAUGUGUUCUUGUUGUUUGUUUAAUUUUAUUAUCAUUAUUAUUAUUAUUAUUUUGU